AAAUUAAGGCCAACAAGAUGAAGAAGUUAUUCUCCAAGAUCGACAACAGCACGUCGAAAGAGACUGGCAACUGUGUGGGCAAAGCAUUCACAGUUGGUAGGGUCACAGUCAGUGUGGAAGAAGUCCUUGCUGAAGGUGGUUUUGCAAUUGUUUACCUGGUGAAGGGCAACAAUGGCACCAGGUAUGCCCUCAAACGAAUGUAUGUGAAUAAUGAGCAGGACCUCAAUGUGGCCAAGAGAGAAAUACAAAUAGCUAGUAAUUUAAGUGGGCAUAAAAAUAUUAUUGGAUAUGUUGAUUCAAGCCUGACUGCAACUGGAGGUGGGGUUUACGAGGUGCUAUUGCUGAUGCCUUAUUGUCAGAACAGUGUGCUGAGUCUAAUGAGAGCAAAGGGUAAGGCUACAUUCACUGAACAGGAGAUCCUGGGAAUGUUCUGUGACACUUGUGAGGCUGUGUCUAGGCUGCAUCACUGCCAAACACCUAUCAUACAUAGGGAUCUCAAGGUGGAGAAUAUUUUAGUAAGCGAAAAUGGCAAUUACGUUUUAUGCGACUUCGGCUCGGCAACGGGUCGCGUACUCAAUCCAGGAACUCAGGGUGCUAGUGUGAUCGAAGAGGAAAUAAAGCGUUACACCACACUGAGUUACCGCUCGCCCGAAAUGGUCGAUAUGUAUUGUGGCAAGCCUAUUACCACGAAAGCUGACAUCUGGGCCUUGGGUUGUCUACUAUAUAAGCUGUGCUUUUUUACUUUGCCUUUCGGAGAAAGCACGCUGGCUAUUCAAAGUGGUAACUUUUCUAUCCCAGACAGUUCGAAAUAUUCUAAAGGAAUGCAUCAAUUAAUUCGAUACAUGCUAGAAGUAGACCCUGUUAAACGUCCAGAUAUUUAUCAAGUUUCUAGUGUAGCAUUCCAUUUACUUGGGAAAGACAAUCCAGUCACAAAUUUAAUGAAAACGCCGACUCCGAACAUUGAUGAAUUACCAGUGCCGCAGUUUGAGGCAGAAGCAAAGAAAACCCAAAUCAAAGUAACGGCAAAACCGCAAGUGUCGUCAGUAGCCGAAGGCGGCACCAGCGUGAUGCCUCGUCAACGACCGAAAGGAAACACAACUCAACCAUUGAGCAUCGCGUCCAUUCCGCUUACGCUCAGCCCGAGUCCUACAACGAUUAAAAAAUCCCAGAGUCCAGUGGCUAUUCCCGAACCGGCACCCAAACCGAUUCCGCCAACUACCACCACGCCCUCCUCUUCGACGGCAAACGCUAACACCGCCGCUCCAGCAUUCCCCCAAAGUAACCAAAGCUUCUCACCAGCAUUCCAAAAUAACCAAAACUUCUUUCCUAGUCAAGAGGGGCCUGAGAAGGACUUUGAUAAUUUGUUCGCGUCGUCCGCGUAUCCCGAUCCAUUUAAAGAUGGCGGUGAGGAGAAAUCAUCACCGAUUAGUCCUGAAUUUAGCGGCAACGGCAACAAAUCGGUCGUCGGCGGGUUGAAGGGACCAGCGGAGUCUUCUAGUCAAUGCAUCGUCAGUUCCAACACGCCGCCGGCAUCCCCUGUACUCUCUGCGCCGAGAGGUCACCGCCGAAAUAUGAGCGAUACAACUGCAUUCAACAAAGUGUAUGCGACUGAGACAUCACAGUUUUUAGCACCGUUUGAGUCGUCAAUGAAGCAGCGCGCGGGUCCCGCUGCUGAAGACUCUCCGGUCGAGGAGGUAUCCAGCGCACCUAAAGCGCAAGCAGGUAUAUCUGCCUCUACCACAGACGUAUCGCGUCCUAUUGAGCCUGAUAAUCGCUCACUAUCGGCCGAUGUCGCCGAUUGGAAUCCUUUUGGCGAGCCGCCCUUCAGUCAAAUCACGGAGGACCACAUUUUCGGUGCAGAGUUUGAUAAGAUACGUCGUGGAAGUCAAAGUAGCAUUCAGGGUGUGAAGUCACGUGAGAGCCUCGUCAUGUCCUUGUCGGAAGACCCCUUCGGAAGCGCACCGUUCAGUCUUCCAGUAAAAAAUAAAAAUAAGAGCGGAUUCCAAAGCACAGCAAAGGCGGCUGCUUCCGCACCGGGAAAUAAUAAUAGCGACGCUGCGAAUUAUAAGACUUUAAAACCGAAUAGCAUCGAGAACUAUUCGAAUGGAGAAGAAGCUGAAGCAGUUGUGGUUGCGUCGCCUCUGUUCACGAAGGCUCCCAUUGAAGAUCGUUCGAAAUAUGAGAAACUAACGCAGAACUCAUUUUAUGACUACGUUAGUUCGGACAAUUCGUCAUCGGACACCAACGAUGAUGGUGUCGCAAGAGAACAAAUUAAGAAAAAGCGUCGAAACAAAGCAUUGCCUACCAAACUGGGGGAGAUUACCUUAAUGAAGAAUUUCAACAGGGAGAAAAAAGUCUUAGAACAUUGCGAAUCUAUAGAAACUGAUGACUCCAUUGGUUCAGCGAGUGAUUUGAGGGAUGCUGAAGAAAUGGACGACAGUGCCGAAUUACGUGUCGAUAAUGAAACUAUCAGUGAUGUACAGACAUGUGGUUCAUCAGCUUAUCACGCCGAGUGCGAAAGUUUAACAAUGCACGAUGAUGACGGCGCGCCUCGAAUAAGUAAGACUGUUAUCCCUGAGGAGAAGUAUGUAGAAGAGGAAGAUAUGCUGUUUGUGGGCCAUCAAUACGGGGAGAAACCUUUGUUACUGGAUGAUGAGCUCGAUUCUGAUUGUGAAGUUAAGUAUGAAGAUCACAAGUGGUCCACGAGCAAAAUGAAUACAAAAUGCAUGUGGAUUGAACCGUCCAGCAGCUUUGAGGAGUCCGACGUGUUUGCCCUAGCGCCAUUUAAUAAAAUACCAAACAAGCGAAGAGAGCCACCACCGUUGAAAAUGAUUUCGAAACCGCGCGCACCCAGUCCAGUGAAGUCAAGCACGCCGCUCCAGUUGGAUGACUUGGCAUCAAAAUCAAGCAGACUUAAUCCUUUCCUAGAAGACAAAUUUAAUAACGAAGUGCCACCAAACGGUGUUGAAAUACCUGGGGCGGUUACUUCGCUGCCUGCUGCAUUACCUCGCCCGUCCGCUGCAGUCAAUUAUAACAAAUUCUUUACUGACUUGGAUAAUUUCCCAAGUAACCACAGCCAAUCAAAAGUCACCAUGUCGUUGGACUUGACGAAUCAUCCGCCGCCCACUACAAAUGAAAUAAAAUUCCCAAAGAUUCCUAUUCAGAUUUCACAGACUCAUUCGUUGGAUAGGAAAGUAAUGCCGUCCGAGGUAUUUCAUAGUUUCGAAAUGGAAGCCACCAACAAUGUCCCCAAGAAGGAUAAAAAAGAAAAGAAAACUAAAUACGUCCUGAUGGAUUCCAAGACGGAGAACAACAGUGAUGAGAAAAAGAAGCGGCCUUUUAGGAAAACGCCUAAGAAAUGUGAUACUGUUCACGGUGGCUUUAGCAACAUGAGUUUUGAAGAUUUUCCCUCCGAUGAUAAUGAAGUGCGUCCGCAAAACAUCGUGGCACCUUUUGAAGUAAUACGGACGCCCGAGGACACCGAGAAAAAGUUUGGCAGCUUGAAACGAAUGAGUAAUCCGUUUUCCUAGGAGUUCUUUUGGCUUGAUUGCAGUAUUGUCUCGAACAUUCUUUUUUACAUAUAGUAUUUAUUAUACAUUUGGCUAUGCCACCAUCACGAUAGUGAUAUUGCAUUUAAUGUUAGAGUGGUAGGUUUUUGGCAAGUUAACGGAAGUAAUUUUUAAUCAAGGAACAUGCUAUCUUAUUUAUUCUCGCUUUGAUUAUCACCUUGUGAUAUGUGACAACAUUGUUGUUAUCAAUUAUUCCUAUCAGCUAAUUUAAAUCCGUCUGGAAAAAAAUGUAGACAGGAAUCCUAUAGUCAUGUGCCUUGGACAUUAUUACGGAAACUAUCUUUUGCUAUUUUGUUAUCAAGAGAAUAUUGAUAUAUCUUAUGGAGAUUCUGAUUCAGGAUACACGCAACCAAAGCUAGUUUUUGGUAAACUACGAAUUAUAUACUUGUUAUUGCUCCUAAUAUAUAUAAUAUGUUUAUGACGUUAUAAAAACUUUAGGUUUAAGUAGAAGUUCGUAUUUAUUAUUUUUCGUUAUUAUGCAGCUGCUAACAAAUAUUUCUACGUAACGUAUGAAAAGUUAUGAAAAUGAAACAUUCCCUCCUGAUAUUAUAAACCAUUUUGUUUUUCGUUGUUACGAUUGAUAUGAUUAUUUCCAUAUUUAUCUUUAUUAAUUUUACAUAUUAUCACCUUUUGUACCGUUUGCAAAUGCUUUUUGUUGGUAAUUUUGAAAUACAUGUAUUAUUAUUA